AUGUCUCCAACAAAGUUACAAUUGUAUCCAGCUAUACGAUCUUUCAUUGCUGUGGUUUCCUGUAUAAAUCAGCCGACAAAAAUUAGCAACUGGAUGCCAAUUGCUGCUUACACGAAUCCGGAGGUAUCGUACAACCAUGGUCUCGGGGAGAUUCCCAUCAAAGUUGAUGUUCAAGUCCGCGUCAAGGACACAACACAAAACAAGGAUAUUAUCUUCAACGCAAUCAACUCGGGUCAUCGAGGAAACGAGGACGCUUCAGAAUAUGGAGGAGUGAUAUAUGUAUAUAAUGAAAACGAAGUGAAAAUGUUUGCCCCUGGAGAUACUACAGGAAGUGGAAACGGAAAGCUGGUACAUCUAGGUGGGUCAAAGUACGAAGGACCGACAGUUACCGGCGACUUCUCUUCGGGGGACGUUCGAGUUCGACUUUGGAAACAAUGCGACUUUGCAAGACCAACGUUUGUAUCUGAACUAGUAACACUAACCAAUACUGAAGCCGAUGCGUUCCAGGAAGUAUUCCAUUCCGUCGGUAGAAAGCCUGACCUUGUGAUCGUCCAAAUCUUCCUCGACAAUAAUUGGGUGACGGAUGCCCAAGGUAAGAUUACAUAUUUCCUAUAUUGUCAAGCAAAAUUUACCCAAAAAGGUCGGACAGACGCAAGGUGCGUUUUGGAGACCAAGAUAUAUAACAUGCCAUCAGAAUCACAUUUUGGACACAAGCAAGCGAAUUCCUUUGGAGGUGUAGUGUUUGCAUUUGGGAAAUACAGUAUUCGGAUAUGGACCCCAAGGAAAGGAUCAGGAUCCGUUUCAAACGGUGUUAUUUUCAACGCGAUUGAUGGCUGGGGCAACGAUGGGCAAUUCAUGUAUGAUGAUUCAGCUGCUGUAAGGGUAUGGGCUUGGGACUUUGGAAACCUGGAAAAUGACCCUUCCAAAAUAGUGUCCUACUUGAGAAAUAUGCCAGCUGAUGGCACCGUGACACAAUCGGUGGAUAUUAUAGACGAUGGAUUUUUAACAGUAAAGGUACAGGUUGAUUUCGGUGUUAACGAAGGAUAUGAUUUCUAUACCACCGGUACGGCACCAACAACAGAUAGUCUGGGACCGUCGGUGUUUUACGCCGGUGUAGUUUAUGGAGUAAUGGAAAAUACCAUUAUGAUGUGGCAUCCGACUGAAACUGAGGCACAAGGCUGUCUGGCGAUGGUGUAUGGACAAUGGGGGGACGGUAGUGUGGAGCAAUGUGUUAAAGAAAGUGACGCACAGAUCGUAAUACAACUGGCCUACGCUGACGUUGAUGAACCACCUUGUGAAGAGAAGGAUUGCAACCCCUCUGACAUAGGACCGAUGUGUGUUUGUGCUGGAUCCGGAUACGAGGGUCAAUAUUGCGAUUCGCUUGUGCAAUGUUCACCUCCAGCUGGUCAAGUAAAUGCCUAUUACACCCCGUCUCAGUUAAAGUAUGAUUUUAACACCAGUAUUACAUUUGCCUGUAACAAUGGUUAUGAAUACGGUUCUGGAGAUCAGACUGCUAUAUGCAAUGCUUCUAAAGUGUGGGAAGGAACUCCUUACCAAUGCAAUCCCAAGUCGUGUGGACAACCAGAAGAUGGUAUCAACUGUACUAAGACAGUGGAAGGAGUAACUUUUUCUGAUAAAGUCACUUACGAAUGUGCUGAUAAAUAUGAUAUUGAAAGCGGAGACGAAAUAAGGACAUGCCAGGCAAAUCAGCAAUGGAGUGGUCAAGCGCCCGUAUGUGCACGUAGUUGCGGUGAUCCAAGUGAAAACUCUACAACAGUUGUACGAACAAACGAGGGUUUGACAAUUGGGGUGAUUGCUACGUUCGACUGUAUUUCCGGGUAUGAGCCGGAGAGUGGAAAUUUCAGUAGACAAUGUGAGCUAGAUGCUAGAUGGAGUGGUGUAGUCCCCGUGUGUGAAAGAGUGCAGUGUGGCAUACCACAAACCGCCAAUGGUACAAACAGCCAACUGUCCUACAAUAGCACAGAUUUUGAAUCUAGUGCAACAUACACAUGUGACGUUGGUUACCACAGCGGGAAUAAGACGUCGUUCCAAACGACAUGUCAAGCGUCGCGAAAUUGGACAGCAAUUGAUUCUUGUCAAAAGGUGAUAUGCCCAUCCUAUCCAAUGGGAGUGAAGGCAGAUAUUACGUCACAUCAAGGGAUGGAGUAUGGAAACGUUAUCGAGUACAAGUGUCAGCACGGAACAUUAUUAUCGUCAGGAACACUUCGGAGAUCAUGUCAGUCAAACACUUCCUGGAGCGGAGAAUCUCCAGUUUGUGAAGACAUCGUCUGUCCUGAUCCCGGCGAAGUAGCUAAUGGAACAAUAUAUCACCUCAAUACAAAUUACAAUGGUGUGGUGAUUGUCGGAUGUGACCCUGGCUUUGCUGUAGAGUUUGGAGACGCAUCGAGGACAUGUGGCGAUACUGGACAGUGGUCUGGCACAAAACCGCACUGUGGAGAGGUUUAUCAAGUGUUUUUAAAUCCCGUUAAUGGUACUCCACCAUAUCUCCCGUUCCUCGGUCUUGGAGGUUCACCUAACAACAAUCCAUUAGUAACAAUAGACGACAUUCAGCAACUCCGGAUCCCGCUCAAGUCAACUGAUCGUUACAAACGAACGUUGUACAGUGUCCCUGAUGAUCGUUGGUUGUCCAAACUUAUCGGAUAUUCCUGGAUUCUUCUCGUUUCCCUUCCACUCGUUUUCUGUGUAGCAGUUGAUACGUUGGAUUACGUCAUGCGAAAAUCAGCUACACCUCGGACAAAUAAAGUGAGCGGAAGCGGAAGUGGAAGCGGGAGCGGAAAGGGAAACGGAAGUGGAAGCGGAAGUGGAAAUAGUGGACCCAAGGCCAAGAACACUGCACCAAAGCGAAACAAUACACCAAAGUCGAACAUGACAGACGAACACGAUGAAUGUCCUAUUUAG